AUCUAUUUGUACUCUGGAGGCGGUUAUGCCGUAUAUUUUGUAGCUUUCGAAUGUCCACGCUGUAGGCUAUGUAUCGCUGUGGAAUGUUUACUGUGUCAUCUCUUUCUUGAAGGAAAACCCGUUAUAUGGAAGCUUUCUUGGAACCCAAUCCGUCUUCAUCUUUCCUUGGCCUGGACUGCGAGGAACCUAAAUUAGACCAAAAUGGUUCAGUUUGGGAACAUAUGGAGCCUGACUGGCAACGCUCUCGCGUUUUCUUGUCUGCAGUCUAUUAAAGUCUCGGCGAGCCCGACUAUAAACGUUGCGUUGGCAACUUCAUUCACCUCUGCGCCAUAUCUUCUCGAGUUGCUUGAAACUGCCGGAGACGAAAAUUCAACCUCAUACUUCCCAUUACUAGACCGAAUCGCAGAAGGAUACUUUAAAGAUGCGAGAACAGACCUUGAACAGUACAACUCCUUCGUGAAGGUGCUCCGAGAUGAUGGACAUCUCGAUUCAGAGGGACUCGCCUCAUAUAGUCUUGCGCUUUCCCUGCGGACUUCUGCCCCAAGAAUUGAAGCCCAGUACCAAUUUUAUGACACAGCUAUUGAGCCGUCAGGGGACGAUUCCUCAUGCCCCGUAUGGGUUCUCUUUGGGGGCAAGAAGCAUUGCUCUCCCGCACUAGACGGGGCACAUGGCUACAAUGGUCGAAGAGGAACUGAACAACUGCAAUUUGAUAGAAUCACUGGGAAUCUGUCUGCGCCACCGUCCAUUCUUUACGCUGACAUUACGUCUUCGGAGUUUAACCAAUUCCACAAAAAAUUAAUCCAAAAAGCACAGAAUCAAGAGAUAUCAUACCGCAUUCGCCACAAGAAGCCAAAUGCUAAGGAAUCCAAACCUCUUGUCAUCGGUGGAUAUGGUGUCGAAUUGGCUCUAAAGCGCACAGACUACAUAGUCAUUGAUGAUAGAGAAGCUGAAGCUCAAGUGCAAGAAGAGUCGAUAAAGAUGGAAGUUGUUCUUGAAGAUGAAGAGCUUGCGGACUUGAAGCCUCUUUCAGCAUCUGAACUGGCAUCUCUUGGGCUAAAAGCAUCGAGUUUUAUUAUGCAAAGUGAAAACCCGUUCGAGGUGUUGACUCGACUUUCUCAAGACUUCCCGAGAUAUUCAUCAGCCAUUGCUGCCCAUAACGUAUCAUCUGAUUUUGCUGAGGAACAUCUUUAUAACCGCGGUCAGCUAGUGCCAGCCGGUGCGAAUGUUGUUUGGAUCAAUGGUUUGCAGGUACCGACGAGGCAAAUGGAUUCCUUCAGCAUGCUUGACAUACUGCGGAAGGAAAGGAAGCUCCUGAAUAAGUUUUCUCAGCUCGGGUUGACUGGGUCGCAAACGAUCAGCCUCCUGUCUCACAAGGAUAUCGCAUUCACGAAGGCUGACGAUGAACCCGCGAGAUUUGAUUGGAGAGACGAUGGUGACGGAGAUGUUAUCAUAUGGCUAAACAACAUUGAAAAGGACAAGCGCUAUGACGGUUGGCCGGCAACUGUUAGAACGCUUUUACAAGGAGGAUAUCCGGGGCAGUUGCCUCAGGUACGGAAAGACCUGUUCAAUCUAGUUUUCCCCGUCGAUUUGUCAAAUAUUGAGGAUGUAGAACUCGUCGUCACGCAGUUAUCGGGAUUUGUUAAAAGGGCAUUGCCGUUACGAUUCGGUCUGGUGCCGCUCACAAAUUCCAACGCUGCGCUCGAACAAGCCAUGAUUGUUUAUUACCUACUAGACAGUUAUGGCUUGUCAACUAUGGUGGCCUACCUUAACGGAUAUUUUGCCUCGAAGGGAACCAAAUCGUCGAGAAAUGCCAAUUUUGAAGCUGCAAUCGAGGAGCGUAAACUCCUGGGCUACAAAGUAGCCAAAUCACUGGAAGAGGUUCUAGACGCAAACGAGGCCAACGGGUCAAUCGCACAUUCGAAACAAUGGAACUUCAGACUUGGAGCAAAUGAAAAAGUACCUUCGGUGUUUGUGAAUGGAGCUGCUGUGCCGCGCGAUGAGAACUGGAUGCAAGGGAUGAGCCAGCGUGUUCAGAUGGAUCUCCGACUUAUGCAGCGCGCAGUUUUCGAAAAUACCGUAACUGAUGAUCACUGGCCUCCUAUGCUGUACCUGCACGAUGCCGCUUCUGGCCGAAACCCCUUCCUCAUGCCAGAGAACGACAAAGAUCUUCAACUGUUUGACGUCAACGCCAUUUACUCUGACCAUGCCGAGGCUUUGGACGGGCUUCCUGUUGUGAAAAACGACCCAUCUGCAGUGCAGGAUGACUGGGCACAAAUGAUUCUGAUAGCUGACGUGAAGAGCACGCAAGGUAAACAUCUUUUAACAGCGGCUGCUGAGUUUACCAAGAGGAACCCAUCAGUUGAGCUCGUUAUUGUCCCCAGUUCAGAGACUCCAGCAGGAAUAUUGAGCGUAUACGAGUAUAUGACGGCAAGAUUGUUCCAACCACUGAAAUCUGACGGUGAUUUGGAUAGACUUGUCGAAACUGUGUCCAUAACCGCUGGCGAUGAAGAACGGCAGAUUACAACCCAGAUGUCAGAAAAAUGGUCCGCGAUAGAAGGCUUUUUGGGGUCGUUGGGACUAAGGCCUGGCCAACAGGGGCUUUUGUUGAAUGGACGAUUGGUCGGCCCAAUUCUGAGUGAGAUCGAGAUGGCGGUCAGUGAACUAGAGCAGCUCCUCGGCUUUGAGCGAACCAAACGAAUCAGACCUGUUUUGGCGGCUGUUAAAGCUCUCGGAAUCUCCGAAGCAAUCAGCGACCCGCUGGCGAGCUCUAAGCUCACAUCACUUGUGACAUUGUCAUUCAUUUCCAAUGUCCCAGAAGGAAUUUUCGAGCAAGCAUCGACUUUGAGAAUCGAUUCCUUCAAGGCGUGGAAAUCCGAGUAUACAGCUAUUGAAAUCGGCGACGAGUCUACUGCUUCCAUUCAUAUCCAAGUCGCCCUGGACCCAGCGAGCCAGGAAUCACAGCGCUGGAUCCCUAUCUUGAAAGUCCUGUCAGAGCUGAAUGGAGUGUAUUUGAAACUGUUCCUCAACCCCAAGGAUAUACUUAUGGAGAUCCCAAUCAAGCGCUUUUACCGUUAUGUCCUGGAGUCAAAGCCGCUGUUUAACGCCGAUGGUAGUUUAAAGGACAUCAAGGCACAGUUUGCGAGCGUACCUCAGGAAGCUCUGUUAACGGUAGGCAUGGAUGUGCCAGCUCCAUGGCUUGUAGCACCGAAGCAAUCAGUUACCGAUUUGGAUAACAUUAAGUUGAGUUCCGUUAACGGCGAUGUCAAUGCUGUCUAUGAGCUACAGCAUAUCUUAAUCGAAGGGCACUCGUCGGAUAAGGAGACCGGACAGGCUCCAAGAGGGGCCCAGCUUCUCUUGGGAACUGCAGCUGAUGCCCAUUUUGCUGAUACAAUCAUCAUGGCCAACCUUGGAUACUUCCAAUUCAAGGCGAACCCAGGCUUCUAUAAGAUAAACCUACAAGAGGGUCCCAGUUCCAAGAUUUACAGCAUCGACACGCUCGGAGCAUCAUUACGCGAUGCCACGAAACCCGACGAAACAACUGAAAUCUCCCUCAUCAGCUUCCAAGGCCUCACCCUCUUCCCGCAAUUAUCCCGCAACCCCGGCCAGGAAACCGAAGACGUCCUCGAGCCCACAACAGACCUCAAAGACGACAUACUCAGCAAGGGCCGCAAACUCGCCCAAAACAUCCUCGGCCUCGGCAAGAAGUCCACCGCCGUGCAAACCACGCCGCAAGCAGAAAUCAACAUCUUCUCCGUCGCCAGCGGGCACCUCUACGAGCGCAUGCUCAACAUCAUGAUGGUCAGCGUGAUGAAGCACACCAACCACACCGUGAAAUUCUGGUUCAUCGAACAAUUCCUCUCCCCCUCCUUCAAGCAAUCCAUCCCCUCCCUGGCCGCGGCCUACAACUUCGACUACGAGAUGGUGACUUACAAGUGGCCCCACUGGCUGCGCUCCCAGUCCGAGAAACAGCGCGAGAUCUGGGGUUACAAGAUUCUAUUUCUUGACGUCCUGUUCCCCUUAUCACUUGAUAAGGUGAUCUUCGUCGACGCAGACCAGAUCGUGCGUACCGAUAUGCGGGAGCUCGUUGAUAUCGACCUCCAAGGCGCACCGUACGGGUUCACCCCCAUGUGCGACUCCCGCGCCGAGAUGGAAGGCUUCAGAUUCUGGAAACAGGGGUACUGGAAAUCCUUCCUCCGCGGUCUCCCCUACCACAUCUCAGCCCUCUACGUCGUCGACCUGCGCCGCUUCCGCGAGAUCGCCGCCGGCGACCGAUUACGGCAGCAGUACCACCAACUCAGUGCCGACCCCGCGAGUCUAGCGAACCUGGACCAAGAUCUGCCGAAUCAUAUGCAAGCGCACCUCCCGAUAUACAGUCUGCCGCAGGAGUGGUUGUGGUGCGAGACGUGGUGUAGUGAUGAGAGUCUCGGGGGGGCAAAGACGAUUGAUCUUUGUAAUAAUCCGAUGACGAAGGAGCCGAAGUUGGAUAGGGCGAGGAGGCAGGUGCCGGAGUGGGGGGUUUAUGAUGAUGAGAUUGCGGGGGUGUUUAAGGCUGCGAGGGAGGGGAAGGUGGGGGAGGAGUUGGGGGAGGAGUUGGGGGGGAGGAAUGAGAAGAGUAGGACCCUGGUGGAGGAGGUGGUGAAGAAUACGAAGAGUAGGACUAUGGAGGCGGAGGCAACGAAGGGGGUGAAGGAUGAGCUAUAG